AUGAUAUCAUUCUUUUCGAAACUGUCUCUAAAUAACUCUCAGAAACCUCCAGUGGAGCUUGCUAAGCCAGCUUAUAUGGACAAAAGUGCAACACUCCAGGAACUAGGAUACAGAGAUGAAAACGACUUGAAAGAAACAAUUUACGACUUUUUGCGGACCAUACGGGACCCUGAAAAGCCGAGUACCCUUGAAGAUUUAAAGGUGGUGUACGAGGAAGGUAUUUUUGUGAAAGAGCCAACUGCCGAUAAAGUUCCUGUGUUAAGAGUUGAAUAUAAUCCUACAGUGCCCCAUUGUUCGCUGGCUACGCUAAUAGGACUGUGCAUACGUAUUAAAAUUCAGCGCUCGAUUCAUCACCCUGUCAAACUUGAUAUUUAUAUUAAGAAAGGGGCCCAUACUACAGAAGAUGAAAUCAACAAACAGAUCAACGACAAAGAGAGGAUCGCGGCAGCUAUGGAGAAUCCGAAUUUGAGAAACCUUACGUCAGAUUCUGAUUGGUUUAAUCUCCAAAUACCUGAUAUUCCCGAAGUAAACCAAGCUACCAAGAAUGCGCUACCUUCUGAUAGAGUCUUAGAAACUAUUCGAUCUAAGCUUCACGUAGAGAUUACUGUGCAGACCGAGGAUGGAGAUGAAAUGGUUCUUGAACUAUGGACUCUUGAACUGGAUGAAACGCAAUUCGAUACAUCUCUAAAGGCAAUGAACACAGUCUAUUUCCGCAUGGGAAUAUUACUCAAGUCUCUAAUCACUAUAAGUCGAAUAACACCUGCAUAUCAUUUGUCUAGAAAACAGAGAAGCGAAUCAUUCAUAGUUUUCUACAGAGUAUACAAUGGCGAGCCUAAAUCGAGAUCCUUAGGAGAAUCUGUUAAGAAAAUUCAGGCAGGUAUGUUAAAGACUCCUUUAGGGGCGAUAUGCUUUUCGGUUGUGUACAGAACAAAUUUUUCUAUAACUCCAAAUAGAACACGAGAUGAGAAUACACUUUUACUGAAAAGCGAUCACUUUGAACUAAGCCCGAAACAUGUGAUAUUCGAAUCAAAGAAAAAAACAUGGCAAAAAGAGCGAGAACUAAAACCUCUACAACCCAUGGACUUGAACCGACCAUUAAGAUUGCCCGCAUUUGCUGACGAAGACAUUAUCAAACAAGCAAUCCAAGAUUUCUUCAUGAAAAUGCCUAUACCAAAGUGUAGGCAUAGACCUGAAGCUAUUUUACAAACUAAUCCGUCUGAGUUCAAAAGUACUCAAGAAUUAGAUAAAACUAUUUCGUCCAAGAGUCCUACAUCUUUAGAAAUGCCACCGAAGAAAUUUUCAGGUUUUCGCAACGAGAAUGAACCUCCUUUGAAAUUAUUACAAUUUCCAUUUGCUGAUGAUCACCCAAUAAGAGAAUUGGCUGAGUUUUAUAAAGAUUUUUUUAAUGCCCCACACUUAAAGUUGUCUGACGAUCUUUGCUGGUCUCGUUCACAAUCGGUAGAUGAAACUGAAUUGACGAACGAGGAUCUAUCUAAAGACUUGGAGCUAUAUGAAAGUUCUGUUUCAGAAUUUGAUGAAUUGCUCGCUGAUAUGUGUCGGUCUGCUGAAUGGAAUAAAUAA